UACUAAUGAAAUGUCAUGGCUUUUCGUACAAAUUCAUCUACGAGUGGUUUCCUGUUUUCUCUAGAAUGAUUUCAGCAUUUUUUAUUUCAGAUGACGAAAUACUUCCAAGCGUUAGGUAUUUUAAAGUCAUAGCAUCUUCGUAUUCAGUUAGUUGAUUCUAGAGUGACUGUGGUGAUAACACAUAUUGCUUUAAAAAUUGAAUAUGGAAUUUCCUCAUUUAGGCAAUCAUUGCCAUGAGAAAACUUGUAAUAAGUUAGAUUUUCUGCCUAUGAAAUGUGAUGCUUGUUCUAAUCUCUUUUGUAUUGAUCAUUUUACCUACAAUAAGCAUUCAUGUGAUAAUGCCUUCCGAAAAGAUGUUCAAGUACCUGUCUGUCCUUUAUGCAAUAACCCUGUGCCAUCCAAAAGAGGUGAACAACCUGAUAUUGCAGUUAGUCAACAUAUUGACAGAGAUUGCCAGGCUGAUCCAGCAAUAGCAAAGAGAAAGAUUUAUACCAAUAAAUGCAAUGUGAAAGGCUGCAAGCAAAAAGAGGUUAUUCGCAUCACAUGUGAUAUUUGUCAUAAGAGCUAUUGCUUAAAACAUCGACAUCCAGCAGAUCACAAAUGUGAUGAACAAAAAAAAGUUACUCCAGCUCAAGCAGCAGGGGCUGCAGCUAUAGCAAGGAUUCAGAAUUCCAAAAAAUCAAAAUUCAGUUGGUUUUCUAGUCAGAGUUGCUCUUCUGAUGUAGAAAAAAAGCCUGCAGCAUCUUCUCUACCAGAAGUGUCUGUUACUUCAAUUCAUGGUAGACUGUCUGAAGAUGAAGCCUUAGCCCUUGCCCUACAACAAUCAUUGAAUGAAACCAGACCUAGAAGCAUACAAGAGGAGGAAGAUCGACUUUUAGCACAAUCUUUGGCUAAUUGUGAUCAAAGAAGAGUUCUUCAAAAUCAAGAGAAUAGAGACAAGAAUUGUAUUCUAUCUUAGCAUCAAAAUGAAGCAUCUGUUCAUUCAUUGUAGUUUUUCACUUAGAAUGAAAAUUAUCAAUGCACUUAAUUCUUUUAUUCUCAUAUUUUAUGCAGUAUAUUUUUUGUAUAAAGCUUUGGAAAAAUAUUUAAUAGAUGUAUUUAUAUCAGUAUAAUAAAGUUCUAAUUUUUAUUCUAAAAAAAA